AACCAACUACCUGCUGAAAUCGUCUCUGACAGACAAAUUACUGCAACUCUUAGGAGCACCUUCCUUUCCUCCUUGAAGAGAUCGACACAGCUUCAUCAUGUCGGCCUGUUGUAGACAUGUUCUGGGUUUGCUCUUAUCCAUCAUUGGCUUUUUAGGGACGAUCUUCAUCUGCGCACUGCCAUUGUGGAAAAUCUCAACCUUCAUUGGUUCAAGCAUCACCACUUCUCAGAUCCACUAUGAGGGUCUGUGGGUGAUGUGUGUGAUAAGGAGUACAGAUGAGAUGCAGUGCAAAUCCUACAAUUCUAUACAGGACUUACCUCAAGACCUGCAGGGUGCCAGGGUGCUCAUCGUUUUUGCUAUCAUCAUCCAGUUCUGUGGGAUUCUGCUUGGUGUAGUUGGGAGCAAAUGCAUCAACUUUAUACCAGACGCAAGGCGAAAGACCAAAGCAGCCAUAGCUUCUGGAGUGUUGUUUCUCAUUGCAGCUAGCUUGGUGGCCCUGCCUGUCCACUGGACCACAUACGCCAUCGUAAGUGAUAUGUUCAACCCUGACCUGGCCGACGAUCAAAGGAGGCAUCUGGGAGCUUCGCUCUUCAUCGGCUGGGUGUCUGCAGGACUGCUAUACCUGGGAGGAGCCCUUCUCUGCCUCUCCUUUUUCUGCAGGAAUGAGACAGAAUGUGACGUUAAAUCUGCACAUACUAACACUAAACAACAACAUUCAUCUAGACAGCGUUCUAGAAACAAGAAAAAGGUUUCAUGA